AUGACGACACCUAUAACAAUUACACCAAAACCUACUACAAUACCAAUUACGUCCACAUCAUCAACACCAAUAACUGAAACUACUUCAGAAUUUAAAUCUUCCACUAGAAAAUAUCAUAAAACAGGAAAGUAUUCUAAAAAACGUGCUACAACAGAAGAAACUGAUUAUUCAGCUAACAACAACAACAACACUGCUUCUGCACUGUAUAUAAAUAGACUCCUACAUCAGCGUGCAAAUAGAAUGGAACAAUGGCUUAAAGUUAAGUUUUCUACUUUGCCUAGCGUAUUUGCACAAACUAUACCCCGCGGUCACCGGCCGAGUGACCAUCACAGAAGGCAAGCGGUUCACUCGCUUGAAGUGGAGAAUGUGCCGAUGGCACGUAUGGCUUGGGCUGUUCGUAUGAAACUAUGCCCCCGCGGUCGCCGGCCAAGUGACUUUGUCACAGAAACAAACAUCGACUUUUGGAAUGAUCAUAUGAAGAAAUUAGCAAAAUCAAAAGUUAAUAACAGAGUGAAUAUGAUCCAUCCAUUUGAUACACAAAAAUUUAAAAGAAUUCAUAAAACUUUGAUUUCGUCAAGUCAUCAAAAUCUAACACAAUCUUCAUUCUAUGAACCAUUACCACCAACACAAGAAGACUUGGAAAAUGUCCACUCGUUAAGAUACUUGGAAUCGUUGAACAGUAAUGCACACUUGCAAAAAAUUCUAGAACUACCAAUUGUAGCAGUUUUACCACAACAGUUAUUGAAAAAAAAAGUUUUAGACCCAAUGUUAUUACAAACUGGCGGCAGUGCUUUGGCAGCCGAGUUGGCAUUGAAGUAUGGAUGGGCUAUUAACUUGGGUGGUGGGUUUCAUCAUGCUCAUUAUGAUGGCGGUGGUGGAUUUUGUGUUUAUGCUGACAUAAGUUUAAUGGUUGAAAGAACUUUAAGUAAACAUCCAGAUCAGGUUUCUAGAAUUAUGAUUAUUGAUCUAGAUGCUCAUCAGGGAAAUGGAUAUGAAAGAGAUUUAGCAAACAACGAUAAAGUUCAUAUAGUAGAUGCAUUCAACGCACAAAUUUAUCCACAAGAUAACGAUGCAUUCUCAUCAGUAACCACACCAAUUCCAUUAACGACCCCAGAUCUUAAAUCCGACUUGAAAUACCUCCCACUAAUCCAAUCACAAAUAUUCCAAUCAUUCCACAAAUUUCAUCCAAACUUUAUCAUUUACAAUGCCGGAACUGAUUGCCUAGAAGGUGAUCCGUUGGGUUGUAUGGAUUUGAGCAGUGACGGAAUAAUAAAACGUGAUGAAAUGGUGUUCAGAAUGGCUUUUGAUCACGAUAUACCCAUUGUUAUGGUGUUAAGCGGUGGUUAUCAAAAAAAAAAUGCUGAUAUUAUUUCAUCAAGUAUUGAUAUAGGUAUUUAG